AUGCCCGUACUACCACGACCUCGAGAAGCGACAUUUCAAGCUUCAUCACCACCACCCGCCGUUGUUCUUUCCGCCGCCGUCGCUCCUCGCGUGCCGCAAGACGCGCCCGGUUUCCAGGCCAUCCCCACCACCUACCACACCUCCGACUCUGCCCCCGCGCCCGGCGCCAUCGCCGGCAUCGUACUCGGCUCCGUCGGCGCCUUUCUCCUGCUCAUCGCCCUGCUCUUUUCCUGCACCGGCUGGACCCCCGUCUUCUUGCCCUGGCAGCGCCAGCGCGCCGUCGUCGUCGAGGAGGAGCACCACCACCAUCACCACCGUCGGUCGCACAAGCCCUCGCAUCGCCGGCGGCGCGAGCACCGUCGCCACCGUGGUGCCGUAGACGCGACGGAAAUGUACCAGGUUCGCGCGGCAGCAGCACCACCACCACCGCAACGGGUCCCUAGCAGCAGACGCAGCAGUAGGCCGGCGCAGAUGCCCAUGGCGCAGCCCCUGCCGCUCAUGACGCCAGCUGUGCGCGUCUCGCAGACGCACACGCGGAGAAGCGGAGGAGGAGGACAUGCGCCGCCGCCGGCCGUGGUCCGCGAUGACACGACCGAGACGGAUCUGACAGAGGACGAGGUGGUGGUGAUUGAGGAGCACUCGCCGCCCCGGCACAAGUCACGCAGAAGCUCGGGACGCAAAAGCCACGAUUCGCGGCGCGACAGCAGACGCUAG